AUGACUGCGAGAGUAAAUCCAAUCCAACUCUAUUUCCUCCUGGCAACUGUUGUGUAUGCGCAGACAGUCGAGGAGAUCUAUGUCAAGGAAAAUGAGAUGGUGGUGCUGCGGUGCUAUGGAGGAUAUAAUCAUGGUGGUGCCAAUCUGACCUGGACCAGUUAUACCACCCAGGAGAUGGAUCUGACCAACAUGUCAUCAGCUGAGCAGAGGCAGAUGGAUAUGCUGGUUCUUGGGAGGACCGUUGUUAUUCUCAAAACAUCUGUAAACCAUCAGGGGAAUUACACAUGCUCUCUGGGGAGUGGCAGUAGCCAGAGCUGGUUCAGGCUGACAGUAUACAUAACGCCGUCCAGAGAGUAUGAAGAGAAGAUCCAGUACAGUGAGACAUGUUACACACAGGAAUCCUGCAAGUUGAAUUGUCCAGAUGUCAAUUCCCCUUCUAAAGAUACCCCAAAUAUUACCAGGAACAACAUUACAUGGCACAAGGACGGCAAGUCAUUGCCAAAAGACAGGUUCCUUAAUAAAGGAAGAGUUUACUACUUAUCGAGCACGGAAAAGGAAGACAGUGGUGUCUACAUGUGUACCAGGUCCUACCUGUAUCUUGACCAAAUAUACAACAUGAGCUAUACAGUGGUGCUAGAUGUCCAACCAAACAAAAAUGACAAACGUGCAGUGAUCAAGUCACCUCACGAAAAUGAAACAUUUGAAGUAGAUUUGGGCUCAACAACAGUGAUUAACUGCACAGCUGAUCUUUAUUCAGACUUUGAUGUAGUGUUCUGGUUGGUUGGGGACACAUUUGUGGAAACGAACAACAGCUCAUCAGUAUUCUACAACUUUACACAGGACAAUGAUAGUGAAGAGAUGACAGCAUCUCUAGUCUUCACAAAGGUGUCAGAGGAGGAUCUAUCAAAACGUUACACCUGUAAAUUGCAGUCUGCCUCCCAACCCCCAAUAUUUGUCCCCAUCAACCUGGUUAAAAAACCUCGUCCUUCCCCCUUCUCACUGGCAUCCAGCAUUGUUGUGGUGAUUGUUUUGGUGAUCGUUAUGACGACUGUUGUGACAAGUGUAUAUGCGCAGGAGGAGAUCUAUGUCAAGGCAAAUGAGAUGGUGGUGCUGCGGUGCCCUCGCUAUGGAGGAUAUAAUCACGGUGGUGCCAAUCUGACCUGGACCAGUCAUACCACCCAGGAGACGGAUCUGACCAACAUGUCAUCAGCUGAGCAGAAGCAGAUGGAUAUGCUGGUUCUUGGGAGGACCCUUGUUAUUCUCAAAGCAUCUGUAAACCAUCAGGGGAAUUACUGUCUGCAGAGUGGCAGUAGCCAGAGCCGGUUCAGCCUGACAGUAUACACAACGCCGUCCAGAGAGUAUGAAGAGAAUAUCCAGUACAAAAAUGACAAACGUGCAGUGAUCAAGUCACCUCACGAAAAUGAAACAUUUGAAGUAGAUUUGGGCUCAACGAAGGUGAUUAACUGCACAGCUGAUCUUUAUUCAGACUUUGAUGUAGUGCAGUGGUUGGUUGGGGACACAUUUGUGGAAACGAACAGCAGCUCAUCAGUAUUCUACAACUUUACAUGGGACAAUGAUAGUGAAGAGAUGACAGCAUCUCUAGUCUUCACAAAAGUGUCAGAGGAGGAUCUAUCAAAACGUUACACCUGCAAAUUGCAAUCUGCCUCCCAACCCCCAAUAUUUGUCCCCAUCAACAUGGUUAAAAAAGCACGCCGUUCCUAUGUUCCCUUAUCUGUCAGCAUUGUGGGCAUUUUGGUGGUGAUGGUUAUAACAGUAGUAAGCUAUGUUAAGUUUAAAAUUGACAUCACUCUUUUCCUGCGAGACACUCUUGGCUGCCAUAGCAGCACCUCAGAUGGAAAAAGCUAUGAUGCCUUUCUGAUGUGUUAUACGGGCGACACAGAUGCAGGACUAGAUGCACAUGACAGAAAAUGGCUGGAGAGUGUUUUGGAAGAGAAGUUUGGUUACAGCCUCUGUCUCUACGAUCGUGAUGUCUUACCAGGGAAAGCUGUAGCAGAAGCAGUGUUGGACUGCAUAGAGGAAAGCCGGAUGGUGGUUUUGGUCCCCUCUUCUGUAGAUCUUGAUCCAGGGUCUGGCUUGUUGAGUGCCAUCCAUGAAGCUCUUGUGGAGCGGCAGACACACUUGGUUUUCAUAAAAACAGAGACAAAAGAAGUGUCAACAUCAGGAUCAUUACCGAAGAUCUUACAACAUCUUGGUGAGGCCGGGCACUGUGUCACCUGGGAUGGCAUAAACUCCAAGCCACCAUCCUCCUCUUUCUGGAAGCAGCUACGUUAUUACCUCCCUGCCACACAACAUCCACCAAAACGUUGGCUUUUACCUCAGACAAUCCAUGAUGUUAAGUCAUAUGAAAUGUGA